GAAGAAUGGGGGAAAAGGACACGUCUCCUUUUAGAAUCUCUGUAUACCAGAACGUGUAAGCUGUGCCAGUGAUAUGAUCAAAGGAGACAGACUACUGCAGGCUCUUGGACUCGUAUCCUGUAAAAUCCAUAUCACUACAGCACAGGAAAAGAUCAGAAGGAACAGCUUCUGUUCUGUGCAUAAAGAUGCUGGAGAGCUAUCCGAUCCUUUUGUCCAUAGUUACCAGCCUGCUCUUCAUUGUGCUGCUGCUUGCAGUGCUCAUCAGAAACAAUGGCUGGGCAGCCAUUCUGUGGAAUGAAAUCGUCCUGCAGAAAAUAACCAAUUUCAUCAUGGCUCAGAGCAAAGAAGAGAGGAUUUUAAACUUCGUGCUGCAGAAUGCAGUCAGAGGGGACCCCCAGAGUGUAGUGGACACCAUAGAUAAGUACUGCUCCCAGAAGGAGUGGGCCAUGAAUGUGGGGGAUGAAAAAGGUUUGAUUCUAGAUAAGAUACUGGAGGAGACAAAGCCAUCAGUCUUGCUGGAGCUGGGAACGUACUGUGGCUACUCAGCUGUGAGGAUUGCUCGGCUGUUAAAUCCCAGCGCUCGCUUAAUGACCAUCGAGUUCAACCCUGACUUUGCUGCUAUUGCCAGACAGAUGAUUGAGUUUGCUGGUGUGCAAGAUAAGGUGAAAAUUCUAGAAGGCCCUUCGGAGACAAUUAUCCCACAGCUGAAGAAAAAGCAUGAAGUGGACACACUGGAUUUCGUCUUUCUCGACCAUUGGAAAGAUAGAUACCUGCCAGACACCAUCCUGCUACUUGACCAUGGCUUGCUGAGGAAGGGCUCUGUUAUCCUGGCUGACAACGUCAUUUUCCCUGGGGCUCCAGAGUUCAUUAAGUACAUCCGCAAUAACAACCGUUUUGAAUGUACCAACUAUCCCUCGCACGUGGAGUACAUGAAAGUGAAGGAUGCCAUGGAAAAGGCCGUGUUUGUGGGAUAAAGGGAGUCACUGGUAUCCAACUGUUGUUUCAAGUGUUGUAAAUGCAACUGCACAGGUUAACUCUGUCUGUGCUUCAUGUUUAGCUUUCUGUACUUUUGGGGCUGUAAUUAAAGCAAGUUAUAAUGAAGAAGAUGGGUUUAGAGAAGAGGGAAACCAAGGUCUAGCGAGCAUGUGCAUAAGUAGGGUAGCCAGCCAAAGAUUAGAUGGAGAGGCCUGUUUUUUUUUCUUUUCAGAUGGCUAUCUGCAUCCAAGAUGAUAUACAUUCCCUUAAGGUGAUCUGCUUCUUGCCAAACAGCAAAACCAAUCGGUUUACUUUGAGUUCAAACCCUACUAGCCAAGAGUGAAACAGACUCUCAGCAGUUGCUGUGAUUUUCUGUGUCCUUAAGCCAAAACAGUCUAAUCGCUUCUAAGAGAGAGAAAGACACAGUUUGCAGGGAAGGAAUAUUUCAGCAGCUCUGAUUUGGCUAAAUAACUGGCAAUGCACUACGGUGAAGAAUCCUUCAGUUACAUCACACACAUUCCUCGCUAGCUACCAAUAAAAAUGCAUGGUGUUCUGUGCUGGAGAAAACAAAACAAAACAGUUUGAUAGUGGGCAAGGCAGACAAGAUAAUUAAUGUGAUUGUGGGGGAGGGACCAGGAAGGCUACACAAAGUAAAUGAAUAAAAAUAUCCAUUCGUGGGGUCCUUUGAACAGACAAGUAGCAUUAAGGGAGCAGCUUCUUUAUAAUGAACUACCAAACGCACAUAAACCGCCAAGACCUUGAUUAAAAUGCUGUUUUCCAACCCUUUGCAUUGUACAUAACCAAUGUAAGCUCUUUGGGGACAGGAUAUGCUUCUUACUGUAGGCCAAGAGCUGCAUAAAUGUAAAGUACUGGCUGAUGAUUUAUAAUAGGACACAACAGGCUGUGCUUUUCUGGGCGAUUAUUGUAUGCCCUGGGUUGUGUUCACAUUACAGUAAAUAUUAAGGUACAAAGCCAAACCCAAAGUGACUUUAGUCACUCAAAUGGUGCAAUAGUCCACUGGCAGGGCACUUGUCAGCGUGUCCCAUUGCUGUUGCACAACUGGGUGAAAUUCAAAAAUUUAUAAAUAAAAAUGA